AUGCCGAUGCUCCGCGAACCGUGGAAGAAAUACCGUCAAUUCAAGCCCCUCAACCUACCCAACAGGCAGUGGCCUACCCGCACCAACGACAAGCCGCCACGGUGGCUGGCCACGGACCUGCGCGAUGGCAAUCAAUCCCUCGUUGACCCUAUGGACGGCGAGCAGAAGCUACGUUUCUUUAAGAUGCUCGUGGAGCUAGGUUACAAGGAGAUUGAGAUCAGCUUUCCCUCGGCAUCCCAGACCGACUUCGACUUCACGCGGCAUCUGGUGGAGACCAAGGGUGUGGUGCCGGACGAUGUGUACCUGCAGUGCCUGAGUCCGUGCCGCGAGGAUUUCAUCAAGAAGACGGUGGAGAGCUUGGCUGGGGCGAAGAAGGCGAUCCUACACCUGUACUUGGCCACCAGCGAGUGCUUCCGGAGGAUCGUCUUCGGUAUGAGUGAGGAGGAGAGUAUCGCCUUGGCGGUCAAGUGCACCAAGUAUGCACGGAGUAUUACCAAAGAUGACCCCGCACAGCAAGGGACGGAGUGGCUGUACGAGUUCUCACCGGAGACGUUCAGCGACACAAGCCCGGAGUUUGUGGUGCGCAUCUGCGAGGCGGUAAAGGAAGCAUGGGGCCCGGAUCCCGAGAAGGGCGACAAGCUCAUUUUCAACCUUCCCGCGACGGUUGAGAUGAGCACGCCCAACGUGUACGCGGAUCAGAUCGAGUAUUUCUGCACGACCAUGACCGAGCGCGAGAAGUUUGUGGUCAGUGUGCAUCCGCACAACGAUCGCGGAUGUGCGGUGGCGGCGGCCGAGUUGGCGCAGAUGGCGGGCGCGGAGAGAGUCGAAGGCACGCUGUUUGGCAACGGCGAGCGGACGGGGAAUGUUGAUCUGGUCACGCUGGCCUUGAAUCUGUAUACGCAGGGCAUCUACCCGGAGAUCGAUUUCAGCGAUAUUGGAAAGGUCAUCCGGGUGUGCGAGGAGAGCACCAAGAUUCCCAUUAAUGAGCGAUGGCCGUAUGGUGGGCAGCUGGUGGUGUGUGCCUUCAGUGGCAGCCACCAGGAUGCCAUCAAAAAGGGCUUUGUCAGUCGUGACAAGGCCGGGUUGGGCAGUGAAGAUCCAUGGCAGAUGCCCUACUUGCCGUUGGAUCCGCAGGAUAUUGGGCGAAAUUACGAGGCCAUUAUCAGAGUCAACAGCCAAAGUGGAAAAGGAGGAGUGGCAUGGGUCAUCCAGAGAAGUCUGGAGCUAGAUCUACCAAGAGGUUUGCAGGUUGCAUUCAGCAGGAUUGUGCAGAAAGAGGCCGACGCGAAAGGGCGAGAGCUUUUGCCUCGGGAAAUUCAGGUCUUGUUCGAGGAGGCGUACCACCUGAAGAAAAACCCACGUUUCACCCUCAUCGACUACAACAUUUCAGCGGUGCGGCAGGAGAAGAAGCCAGACCAAGUCAGUUCGGAAGGACAGCCGCCACAAAAUACGACCAAUACACCAACAAGCAUUGGCAGCAAAAGACAAUUCGCUGGCAUUGUCGCCAUUGACGGCGCGCAGCACCCGAUUGUUGGUCAAGGCAAUGGUGCCAUCUCGUCUUUGGCCAAUGCGCUGCACUCUCUAGGCAUCGAUCUGGAUGUCGCCGACUACCACGAGCACGCCAUCGGUGGGGGCAAGAAUGUACGAGCGGCGACGUACAUAGAGUGUACGGCGACCAACUCACACGAGAAGGUGUGGGGUGUGGGCAUCCAUGAGGAUGUUGUUCAAGCCUCUUUGAUUGCGUUGUUGAGCGCUGCGUCUUCGUUCCUGUCCUCUCGGGUGUCAACGCCAGUACCCUUCCGACCGAAGCAUAUGAGGAACUUUUCUGAAGCUGAGCUGGAGGCUCUCGACAGGCUGAACAGCAGCCCCACGGGGGCAUCCACCCCUAAUUCACCAUUGCGCCUGGGCGGCGUGACAGAGAAAAAGGUCGAUCUGGAGAAGUUGGAGAAAGCCGCUGAACAUGGAGUCAACGGGAACUCUUGA